AUGGGCGGAAACAGCUAUGCGCACCCAUUCUUAGUUGCGGAGAUCAAUUACGACGGAUUGUUGGGAUUUGAUUUCCUCAAAUCUCAUAGAUGCACUGUUGAUGUUCAUUCCUCCGUUUUGCGUCUACCACCUGAAUCUAAUGUGUGUGGAGAGGGUCCCAACUACCCGGAGACAAGGGUAGAUUUGGAAACCCGAAAGGUCAAAGUCAGGGUCGUCGAAGAUGUUCUAGUUCAACCAGGUCAUGAGAUGAUACUACCUGUUCAGCCUGAGGAGUCGUCGAGGCAAUCAAUGAUUGUUGAACCGAUAAGCACUUUCGUCCAGAAACAUAAUCUUAUGGUUUGUAAGGUUAUCAUUGACGGAACGUCGGAACGAAGUCCGCUAAGAGUUAUGAAUCUUGGCUCUGAGUCCAAACUGAUUCGAAAAGGAACUGUUGCGGCCGAAGCAGAACCUAUCGUAGAUGUUUGGAACGCCGAGACCGCGAAGCUGAAACGCGAACCGGAUUUGGUAGCAUCAGUAGCUAGUACUUCGGCUGAUAUUCCGAUAUCCCCGCACUUAGGACCAAUGAUAAAAGGUUGCAGAAAUAAGCUGUCCGUAGACCAGUUAACAGAGGUUAAGAAGCUCUUGAGUGAGUACGAUGACGUGUUCUCGAAAUCUAACACAGAUAUAGGUAAAACCGGAGUUGUCAAACAUCGUAUUGAAACGGGUAACCAGAAUCCAAUAAAGCAAUCGCUGAGACGAGCGCCGAUGCACUUAUAA